AUGUAUGUUGGAUACCUACUGGAUAAAGAAAGCGGCAUGUAUCACCAAGGGCCUGUAAGAAGAUCAAGCAUCAAUCUGCCUCCACAGAAUUUUGUUUCAACACCACAGUACCCCGACUUUACUGGAUACCAUCAUGUGCCAAACAUGGAUACGCACCCACAGUCUACGGGGAGCUGGGGGCCUUCAUAUAGCGCCCCUCGAGAGGACUGGGGUGCUUAUAGUUUGGGACCCCCUAAUACUAUUCCUACGCCCAUGAAUAACUCAUCUCCUGGACAGGUUCCUUACUGUUCAAACGAGUACGCACAUAUGCAUCCUCCGGGAUCUGCGGUAUUACAACCGCCACCGGACAACGUUAAUGUUGCACAACUUUCUCCUGGCAGGGAAAGGCGUAAUUCAUACCAAUGGAUGAGCAAAACUGCGCAAUCGUCGUCUACAGGUAAGACAAGGACGAAGGAGAAGUACAGGGUAGUGUACACAGACCAUCAGAGAUUGGAGCUGGAGAAGGAGUUUCAUUUCAACAGAUACAUCACCAUCAGAAGGAAAUCUGAGCUGGCUGUCAACCUCGGUCUGUCGGAAAGACAGGUGAAAAUAUGGUUUCAGAACCGCAGAGCUAAAGAGAGAAAGUUGAUCAAGAAAAAGAUGGGUCAGUCCGACGGCAGCAGCGGGUCUGUGCACAGUGACCCGGGUUCAGUCAGCCCUCUGCCGGUUCCGGGGUCUCUCAGUCCCACGGACAUCCACGGCUCUAUGUACCCUCCUCAGGGAAUGAACACCUUGCCCUCUAUCAGGAAUAUACAGCAAGUGACUGUGACUCAGUAGAACAGCUCGCCCUGAGGACGAUCACACAUAAGUGGGCACUCACAGGACACUUGACAG